AUGUCCAUGUUCCCGGGAACUGUGGCUUUCGACGAAUAUGGUCGUCCUUUUAUUAUUCUAAGAGACCAAGAAAGCCAAAAACGGAUGACCGGUAUUGAUGCUUUGAAGUCCCAUAUUCAAGCAGCACGUCAAAUCUCGGGGAUCCUCCGAACAUCUUUGGGGCCCCGUGGUCUUGACAAAAUGAUGGUAUCUUCUGAUGGUGAAGUGACAGUCACUAAUGAUGGAGCUACUAUUCUAAAGAUGAUGGAUGUUGAACACCAGAUUGGAAAAUUGAUGGUACAACUAGCUCAGAGUCAGGAUGAUGAGAUUGGUGAUGGUACCACUGGAGUUGUUGUCUUAGCAGGGGCUCUAUUGGAGCAGGCAUCCAACUUGUUAGAUAAGGGUAUUCACCCUAUAAGAAUUGCUGAUGGUUUUGAGUUAGCUGCAGCAACUGCUUUGGCACACCUUGACAGCAUCAGUGAAGCCUUCCCAGUUAGCAAGAACACAAGGGAACAUCUUAUAAAGGUUGCCAUGACAACCCUUGGUAGUAAAGUCGUUGUUAAAUGUCACCGUUUGAUGGCGGAGAUUGCUGUUGAUGCUGUUCUGUCAGUAGCAGACUUAGAGAAGCGUGAUGUCAAUUUCGAACUGAUCAAAGUUGAAGGGAAGGUUGGAGGAAGGAUGGAAGAUUCCAUGCUUGUCCGUGGUGUUGUUAUAGACAAGACUAUGAGCCAUCCACAAAUGCCUAAAGUUCUUAAAGAUGUAAAACUGGCAAUCCUAACCUGUGCAUUUGAACCACCCAAGCCCAAAACCAAGCAUAAGCUCCAAGUUGGCUCAGUUGAAGAAUACAGAGACUUAAGGCAGUAUGAACAUGAGAAGUUUAUUGAAAUGGUUCGCAAAGUUAAGGAUACUGGUGCUACACUGGCCAUCUGCCAAUGGGGCUUUGAUGAUGAAGCAAAUCACCUUCUCCUGGCUGAACAGUUGCCAGCAGUAAGGUGGGUGGGUGGACCAGAGAUGGAGUUAAUAGCUAUCGCAACAGGUGGUCGCAUUGUGCCUAGAUUUGAGGAGUUAUCCCCAGAGAAACUUGGACACUGUGGACUUGUCAGAGAAUUGACUUUUGGCACAACAAAGGAUGAGAUGUUGGUGAUUGAAGAGUGCUCAAACUCUCGCGCUGUAACAGUUUUGGUUCGUGGUGGUAACCGAAUGAUUGUUGAGGAGGCAAAACGCAGUGUGCAUGAUGCAUUGUGCAUUGUUAGAAGUUUGGUUCAGGACUCACGUGUAGUAUAUGGUGGAGGUGCAGCUGAAGUGUCCUGUUCCUUGGCCGUCGCUCGUGAAGCUGAUAAAUUAUCUUCACUUGAUCAGUAUUCCUACAGGGCUUUUGCUGAUGCCUUGGAAGCUAUUCCUAUGGCAUUAGCUGAGAACAGUGGUUUGUCUCCAAUUGAUGCUCUAUCAGAUGUGAAGGCUCGUCAGGCAGCCGAGAACAAUCCAAAUCUUGGAAUUGAUUGCAUGAACAGUGAUUCCAAUGAUAUGAAAGCACUCAAUGUGAUUGAGUCCCUUCACUCUAAGAAGCAACAGAUUGCACUAGCUACCCAACUAGUCAAAAUGAUACUCAAAAUUGAUGAUGUUCGCUCCCCAGCUGAUAAUAUGCAAUAA